GUCGGCGGAGCAUCAUUGAAUUCUCAAAACAGCACUCAAUGGACAGUUGCCCUAUCAUUGAUCCCGCGAUGGACGUGAGGGACCUUGAGGCUGUUUUUGAGAAGGGAGAAUAUUUGUCUGCGAGGCCCGGGGAUAAGCCCUCUUCGUGGUGUCUGGACACGCUUCCCACCAACACGACAGAUGCAAGGUACCCGAAGGAGACGUAUCUGAGUGCUGCCACGCAGGCGGAACUGAAGUGUCUUGGCAUGCAGGUGCAUCUGAAAAAUCCUGAAAAGCGUAACGUCCGUUGGCUCCCAUGCACAGAAGAGGAGACGAUUACGUGGGACACACCACCCUACAAUAAGAAAAAUGUCAUUUGCCCUAAGUACGCGGAGGUGUGCACGAUAUCCGCCACCGGCGGCAGUGUCAUUCCCGUGGUUUCAUGGGACGACGAGGAGAGGGUGUGGGGCAGGACGGUACGCCCGGAAUUCUUGAGACAAAGUUCACCAGAGGCGCCCGUCCCUGGUGCAGAGAGUAUUGGGUCCGGCCGUGGCACCGAAUCGGAGAAUGCUGACUCAGCUGCUCUUCAGUCGAAGCCAUUGCCACAGGGAGACGCCGAGGCUGCCGUGGCGCAACACGACCACCAAGCGGGAAGCAAUACCAGCACUCCAACAGGCAGUGAGAGGGAGGCAGCACCAGCCGCCUCUGGCGAAAACAACAAUUCGCCUACGGCCGCUGUUGCGGGAGCAGGUGAAUUUGGGACAACGCACAGCGAGGAUUUCUUCACUACGGAAGUGGAAAGCCCGAUGGGGGAGGAAGAACAAUCCGCGCCGGAGGAGGGAGCAAACCCACCAACUCUGCAGUCAAGGGAGACCACUGGAGAUGGGGAUGCGCAGCCAGUACAAGAAAGCAUGGCGUCUCUGGCUGGAAGUGAGGGAUUGCUGCCCAAACAAAGCGAGACCCCUGUUCCGGAAAAUAACCACUCCGAAUCCGGGAGCGGCGCGAGCCAAGACGACCGCCUCGCCCUGCUCAAAGACGCGAAAUUGAUGCUGCAUGAUUGGAAUGUCGACAGCACUGCGCGUGUGUGCGUGUCUCGGGUGUCGAUGCUUCUUCUUCUGGGACUGUGUGGAGCUGUGGCAGUAUUGUGA